AUGUCUUUUAUGACCAGGAACGUUUUUCGUAGUUUGGUUCAGGGCUCUCAACAUGUUGGCAAAGGUUUGCACACGAGCACGGUAAACGCUGAUAAAAAUGUACGUUUUGCGCCCCUUAACAUCAGCAACUUGCAAACAACAAAGGAGGGUCGUAUUAAAUGCACCCUGAUUCCUGGAGAUGGUGUCGGCCCCGAAUUGGUUUACUCCGUUCAAGAAGUAUUCAAGGCGGCAGGCAUCCCAGUGGACUUUGAGUCUUUCUUCUUCUCUGAAGUGAACCCAACUUUGAGUGCGCCCUUAGAAGAUGUAGUCGGCUCCAUUGCCAGGAACAAGAUAUGUAUCAAGGGUAUCCUAGCCACUCCCGACUUCUCCCACACCGGCGAACUUCAAACCCUGAACAUGAAGUUGCGCAACGCUCUAGACUUGUACGCUAACGUGGUGCACGUGAAGUCCCUGCCCAAUGUGAAGUGCCGGCACAACGACGUCGACUGCAUCAUCAUAAGAGAGCAGACUGAGGGAGAGUAUUCAGCUUUGGAACAUGAAUCUGUGCCUGGCGUAGUGGAAUGCUUGAAGAUCAUCACGGCGGCCAAGUCCGAGCGUAUAGCCAAGUUCGCGUUUGACUACGCGGUGAAGAUGCGCCGGCAGAAGGUGACGGCCGUACACAAGGCCAAUAUUAUGAAGCUGGGCGACGGCCUGUUCCUGCGCAGCUGUGAGGAGAUGGCGAAACUCUACCCACGUAUCCAGUUCGAGAAGAUGAUAGUGGACAACUGCACGAUGCAGAUGGUGUCCAAUCCCAAACAGUUCGACGUGAUGGUGACGCCCAAUCUGUACGGGAAUAUCGUGGACAACCUCGCGUCUGGGCUGGUGGGCGGCGCGGGCGUCGUCGCAGGCGCCUCCUAUAGUGCCGACUGCGCUGUGUUUGAACAGGGUGCCCGCCACAUCUUCUCUGGUGCUGUUGGCAAGAAUAUAGCCAACCCAACCGCCAUGUUACUGUGCUCAGCCAACCUGCUCGCGCACGUCAACCUGCACUCCUACUCGAAGAUGGUCAAGAACGCUAUCAAUAAAGUAUUGUCCGACGGAAAAGUAAGAACCAAAGAUCUUGGAGGCCAAUCGACUACAAAGGACUUCACCAACGCUGUCAUCCAUUGCCUCGUCUAU